AUGCCACACCACAAGCCAUGGACGCCUUUCGCCGCUCUCAUACCACUCCUCAGCACGACACUGGCCAUCGCAUACGCUCUCUAUAUCCUCGCCUACCCACCUCGCCACCGCAACCUCGCCUUCCUCGCUCUCUGUCUCCCCGUCGCGCUCGCAUUCAAGAACCACCUGCACCUAACGCCAUGGUUCACGACCAACGACACAUUCGGGCGAUUCCUCUACAUCUGGCUCGCACACAUGAGCCAUGUAUUCCUCAUCCUACACACCUCUUCCACCACCUCGGUACAUGAGCCAUGGAGACUUCGACUCAGAAACGCGUACAAGUUCCUCUUCGCGCGCCACCCACCUAGCACAACCUGCAACCCCAAACGUAAACCAGCGCACACUCUAACCCGCCUGCGCUUCUGCUUUCACCAUGGUAAGCAGGCAACGCUGAUGCUAGCGCUCCUCUACGUCUGGGACACGUACUUCGAUGCUCCAACCCACUCAUCCCUCCUCCGCCGCCUCCCCGCCUCGCUGAACAUAGCAGACCUGCACAUGCGCCUCGCCAUGACAAUCUCCGUGUGCGUAGCCGACAUGCUGUAUUUCGAAGCCGCGCACUCCCUCUUCGCCGUCCUGUUCGUCUGCGUCCUGCGCUUCGACGACGCGGGGGAAUGGGGGACUAGUCUCUUUGGUCGGCUGGCGGAUUGUUGGAGUGUGAGGAGGUACUGGGGGGUUUAUUGGCAUGAUUACGUGGCCGCGUCGUUUUCGGCGCAUGCGAAGCUUCUCACGAGGCAGGGGCUGCGGAUGAGGACGCUGGGUGCGGCGAGGAGGGUGCUGGAGAAUGGACUGGUGUUUGUCGUGAGUGGGGGUAUGCAUUCGGUUGUCAGGUGGGUGCAGACGGAUGGUGAGGGCGAGGUUUGGUGUGUGGCGAUUUGGUACACAGGGCAGAUUGUGGCGUUGGUGGGAGAAGGCCUGGUGGAGCAUUUGUGGUCGAAGUCAGUGGUCAGACGGUGGCUUGAGGAAAGGGUUGGAAAAGAGAAAGUGGUGACGGUGGAGAAAGUGGUUGGGUACGUGUGGGUCUUCUGCUGGAUGUUUUGGAGUGUGCCCAAGUACAUCCUCACCAGGAAUGCUUGGGAGUUGGCGAACUGGAGGAGGAGGUAUUCAGACGCUUUUGCUGGCUACAACGACAGCGUACGUGUCGAUUCAAGGAAUUAA